GUUCUUUCUGUAGUAGUGGAGUCUAGCUUUUCGGACUCGGUGUUUUUUUGUUUUUUGUUUUUCAGAUUUUAGACUAGACUGGGCCUCACAAACUAAUGUCUCAGACACUAAUGUGGGCUAUUCUCGACCCGGAGCAUACCCAAAAGUGCGUGCACCAUGCGAGUGACAUCGGUGAAAUUCGGCCUAUUUUACGGGAUUGCAAUGAACGCAAGCAAGAUAGCUUUCUAAAAAUAAAGGAGCGCAAUGAAGGGCAGGUUCGAAUUCUUUUAGAUCUUUAUGCGCACUUGAUUGUGUUUGCGAAAAGCUGUUCCAUAACGUCAGAUAAAAUUAGCACUCUUGUAGCAAUUGUUCAUAAAUUACACGAGCAAAGCAUGUCCGAGCGUCUGACGCGUGCUGGAUCGUACGAUUUACUGCGAAAUCUCAUAAUUCAACACAGCGUAGCUCGACCGCCGUAUUCCACCGCAAUUUUUACCCUUGAAGACGUCCAAGCUAUCGAUGAGUAUCUUCUCUCGACUUACUAUCGGCAUUACAAAAUGUAUAUUUAUGCCUUUGUACCCAAACAAGUCAAGAGCAUACAAAUGGUGCAUCUUGGGGUGACCGCAGAGAUCCCGCCCAUUGUUUUGCCACCUCUCACCGAUGCGCUUUCCGAGAGCGCGUGGAAGAAAAAAAUUGAGGAUAUCGAGCAAGAGCGGGAAAAUGAAAUGUUAAAGCAAGAGGAUGAACGAUCAGCUUCUAUGAAUGAACAUUUCUACCAAGAGUCCUGUCUGAAUGAUCCGAUUUAUAAAUCUAACCUUAAGGAGCAGCUACAGGCCAUUCGUGAAGCUGUGUGUCAGCAAUCUUUAGGUUGCCUGGAUGCAUUGGAAGAAAAAAUUACAGCUCUAGAAUCCAAAUUAAGCGUCACAGUACGAGGAGGUACUCCAAUUCCCAGAGAUCGAAAAAAGAAGUAGUCCAAGACUUAUUUUUCCCUAAAAGUUUAUCGGCGUAUUUCACCUGUCGAUUCCCAUCCUACUUUGUGUUUGCAAGGAGGACACAACAUUUAUGUAAUCUAAUUAUGGUUGAGUUGAAUUACUCAUGCGUAUUAAAUUAUACCGAAUG